CUUGGCGCCCAAUCCCCACGUCGUCCCACUUCGUCUCCCUCUCCCCCCCUCCGGCUCAGCAAUCCCCGGCGAGCGUUCGACGCGCCGACAUGCUUCUCCUCCGCCCGCUCACGCUCCCGCUCCCUGCCCCGGCCCUGCGGGCCAGGUCCGCCGCCCGGGGGCCGCGGCCCCGUCGGCGGCCGCCGCGUCCUCGCGCCGCCUCCGCAUACGGCGCCGGUGGUGUCUCGGAGGAGGACGCCUUCACCAGGUGCUCGGGGUACCUGUUCGAGGAGGGGCUGGCGACGGAGGGGGACCUCCCCACGGCGUACGACAUCCCCGGCAUCGCCAGGGUGUACGGCCGCCGCCCGCUCCUCGUGCUCCGCCGCUCGCUGCAGAUCGGGACCUCCUUCGGCCGCUGGUUCGCGCUGCGCUACCUCGACAGCCUCAACGACCGCGCAGACGACAUGUUCGAGAUCAGGGCUGCUCAGCUUAGGAGGAUUCUACUAGAACUUGGCCCGGCAUUUGUGAAGAUCGCACAAGCAGUUUCGUCACGGCCGGAUGUGAUUCCUCCUGCAUACCUUGAUGAACUUUCACUACUUCAAGACCGCAUAGCACCAUUUUCCACUGAGCUUGCUUUUGAUAUUAUAGAGAAGGAGCUUCAGAUGCCACUCGACAUGAUUUUCUCUGAAAUGUCGCCAAAGCCUGUUGCUGCUGCAUCUCUUGGGCAGGUUUACCAGGCUAGGUUACGAUCCAAUGGGAAGCUAGUUGCCGUCAAAGUACAAAGGCCUGGAGUCCAAGCCGUAAUUUCCUUAGAUAUCUAUAUCUUGAGGUUCCUUGCUGGUGUUGCCAGGAAGGUUGGCAAGUUCAACACAGACCUUCAGGCUGUCCUUGAUGAAUGGGCGUCAAGUCUAUUUCGGGAGAUGGAUUAUAGAGAAGAAGCAAGAAAUGGACUUAAGUUCAGGGAAUUAUAUGGGAAACUUAGAGAUGUGAUGGUUCCAGAAAUGUAUCUGGAACAGACGAGAAGACGAGUCCUUAUCAUGGAAUGGGUUGAGGGGGUAAGGUUGUCCGAAGUUAGAGAUCUAUAUCUGGUUGAGGUUGGAGUAUACUGUUCACUUUCCCAGCUUUUGGAAUAUGGAUUUUAUCAUGCAGACCCACAUCCUGGAAAUCUUCUACGUACAAUUGAUGGGAAGCUAGCAUACUUAGAUUUUGGAAUGAUGGGAGAAUUCCGACAAGAACUCCGUGAUGGAUUUAUUGAAGCUUGUCUACAUCUUGUUAAUCGGGAUUUUGAUGGUUUAGCAAAAGAUUUUGUUACUCUUGGUUUGCUUCCUGCAACUGCUCAGAAAGAUGAAGUGACAAAGGCAUUGACAGGUGUAUUUGAAAGUGCAGUUAACAAAGGAGUUCAAAAUAUAAGCUUUGGAGAUCUGUCAGGGAAUCUUGGGCAAACAAUGUAUAAAUUCAAGUUCCAGAUUCCUUCAUACUUCUCUCUUGUAAUCCGAAGUCUUGCUGUCUUGGAAGGCAUUGCAAUCAGCUUCAAUCCCAACUACAAAGUCUUGAGCAGUUCAUACCCAUGGAUUGCAAGAAAAGUUCUCACUGACAACUCACCUAACCUUCGGUCAACAUUGUACACGCUACUUUAUAAGGAUGGCACUUUCCAGAUUGACCGUUUGGAGUCUUUGUUAACCGAGUCGCUGCGGGCCAGAACAGAGCAGACCUUGGUCAGAACUCAACAAGAUGAAAGUGAUAGUUCAAGAUUUGCAAUUAAACAAGUGCUGUCAUUUACACUCACUGAACAGGGUGCCUUUGUGAAGGAUUUACUUCUUCAGGAGAUUGCUAAGGGACUAGAUGCACUUGGAGUGGCCACAUUAAGUUCUGUAACAUCUGCUGCAGCCUCAAGAUUGCCAUUUGCACCAUCCCCAUCACCAUCACUGAACAACGAGGAGGCCACCAACUUGAGAAACCUCUACCGCCUUCUCCUACUUGUAGCUAAGACUCCUCAGAAGGAAAACUCAUCACGGGCUCCUGGACAUGAAAGCACUGGGGAGAAAGGAGAUGAUGGCGCAGAUGAUAUGUCUCUUGUGUUAAAUGAGAUGAGGUCUUUUCCAGAGUUUCUGCCAGUUCUUUCUGUCAUUCCUGAGCUUUCACCAGAGUCCCAACAGCAGUUUCUCCUCCUGCCUGCGGAUUUAACUAAUCUUGUUUUAUCUCGUGCUGUUGCAAGAACCAUCAGAAGAAUGUUCAUAUGAAGUUAAAGCCUACAUGUACAGGUUUUCAAUCUCAGCUUCCUGCAAUGUUUUCCUUUAACUGUAUAGCUAUACGCUAGAUGUAUAGGGAGAUUUGUUUCCCGUACAGUAGCAUUAUCAAAUAGGUCAGAUCUAACUAUUGGCUUAGCCAUGAUUAUUUUGGAGAUAAUACUUUCCCUGUACAUCUUUGUUGAGAGAACAUGUACAUAUCUCGAAAGAAAAAGAGGCACCCUUAUCAUGCUGUAACGAACAUACUUGUGUUAAGAUCUAUGCUAUUAUAAAUUUUUCGAGAA